GUUUUUGGCCCAAAUUCCAAGCAAAUGGAUUUAUUCUCUCAGUCUAUCUCUCCUGCUGUUAGCGAUGUGCUCCGAGGCUUUAACUGCACAGUUUUCGCCUACGGGCAGACGGGUACAGGAAAGACUUACACCAUGGAAGGAGGGAGGAGAGCCAAGAGUGGAGAGUUCUCCAGUGAAGCGGGUGUAAUCCCAAGGUCAGUUCAGCAAAUUUUUGAAGAACUGGAAGCACAGUUCACAGAAUACGCCAUGAAAGUUUCUUUUCUGGAGAUUCAUAAUGAGGAAAUAAUAGAUCUUCUGGCUCCAGAUGAGUGGGAAUUCACAAAUUAUAAGUUGAAGAAACCGAUAGCUCUCGUGGAAGAUGGAAAAGGAAGCAUUAUUGUUAGAGGAAUGGAAGAGAAGUUAGUUCGUUCUGCUGAUGAAAUAUACAAGAUAAUGGAUAGAGCUAGUGCAAGACGGAACGCCAUUGAAACUCUACUAAACCAGCAAAGCAAUCGUUCUCACUCCAUAUUUUCAAUCACAGUUCAUAUAAAAGAGUUUACUCGAGAGGGAGAAGAAGUGAUCAAAACUGGAAAGCUCAAUCUUGUGGAUUUAGCUGGUUCAGUGAAUGUUUUGAGAUCAGGUUCUGUAGAGGGCAGAUCAAGGGAAGCUGGAGGGAUAAAUAAAAGCUUGCUCACACUUGGGCGUGUUAUCAAUGCGCUUGUUGAGGAAUCCAGCCAUAUUCCCUACAG